UCUAUUUCCUACCUUAAUACACUGUCGCUCUUGCUCUUGCUACCUUUUCCCAACCGUGGACUGAUACAGUUGUUACUGUGCAACAUUUAAUGGUCGUGAAAAACGUUUCGCAUGUCUUUAUACCUCCCGGUCUGGAAGUUUUGGUGAUGCACUAAAUGCCAUCUUACGCAGCAGAGGACGUUUCCUCUGGUUUCUCCCAGCAUGCAACUUCCUUGGUCUGUUUCACUUUCACUCUUGAAUUAUUAGUGCGAAACCUGCGUGCAGAAGACGACACGGUGAGAAGACCUCCUGCUUUCAUUGACACCAUGUUAGCAGCUCCUCUCCUGCUGCUGCUGCUCUUCGUCCCUGUUCCUCCCUCAUCAGCAGCGCAGCUACCAAAUCAAGGCCAAGCCAAGGAUGUCCCCAUCGCCACCAACGGCCAGCCGUUCCCCUGGGACCGCAUGAGACUUCCUAAAACCGUCUCCCCCAUCCACUACGACCUGACCAUCCACCCCAACCUGACCACCCUCGACUUCACCGGCGUCGCUCGCAUCCUGCUGGACGUGCAUGAAGACACCAGCACCGUCGUCCUCCACGCCAAGCAGAUGCAGGUAUCCAAUGUGCUGCUCCUCGCACCCGAAGGCGUGAGGCCUCUCCGGGUUUUGGAGUAUCCUCCUUUCCACCAGCUUGCCCUGCUGUCAGACUCGGUGCUCACCAAAGGUAGGAGGUAUGAAGUUCAGCUGGAGUUCGCUGCCAACUUGUCCGACAGCUUCCACGGUUUCUACAAGAGCAGCUACCGCACCAAGAGUGGGGAGGUCCGGGUUUUGGCUUCUACGCAGUUUGAAGCCACCUUUGCUCGUGGAGCCUUCCCAUGUUUUGAUGAGCCUGCCUUCAAAGCCAACUUCACCAUACGGAUUAUACGAGAGCCACGCCACAUAUCCAUAUCCAACAUGCCUAAGUUAAAAACCGUGGAGUUGCCCGGCGAUUUGCUUGAGGAUCACUUCGACACCACUGUAAAAAUGAGCACUUACCUGGUGGCCUACAUUGUGUCUGACUUCCUGUCUGUGAGCAAGACCACCCAGCACGGUGUCAAGAUUUCAGUCUAUGCUGUACCUGAGAAGAUCGACCAGACCGCCUUUGCACUGGAUGCUGCUGUCAAGCUGUUGGACUUCUACGAUGACUAUUUUGAUAUUCCUUACCCGCUUCCCAAACAGGACCUGGCUGCUAUUCCUGACUUCCAGUCCGGAGCGAUGGAGAACUGGGGGCUGACCACCUACAGAGAGACGGGCCUCCUCUUUGACCCUAAGAAGUCCUCCGCUUCAGACAAACUGGGUCUCGUCAAGGUCAUCGCCCAUGAGCUCGCACACCAGUGGUUUGGGAACCUGGUGACGAUGGAGUGGUGGAACGACCUGUGGCUCAAUGAGGGUUUUGCCAAGUUUAUGGAGUAUAUUUCUCUCGACAUCACCUACCCAGAGCUGCAAGUGGAUGACUUCUUCUUGGGGAAAUGUUUUGAGGCCAUGGAGGUAGACUCCCUCAGCUCCUCUCACCCAGUCUCCACCCACGUGGAAAACCCCACACAGAUCCAGGAGAUGUUCGACGACGUUUCAUAUGACAAGGGAGCAUGUAUUCUGAAUAUGCUGCGGGACUUCCUGACUCCUGAAGCCUUCGAGAUUGGCAUCAUCCGAUACCUCAAGCGUUACAGCUACCAAAACACUGUCAACAGCCACCUAUGGGAGAGCCUGACUAAUAUCUGUGCUUCAGACGAUCUGGACGAAGGCCGAAUGAAACACAAAGAGUUCUGCUCCAAGCGCAGCAGCCAGUCUGGAGCCUCUAAAUGGUUCUCUGGCGAUGAGCUGGAUGUCAGAGCCAUCAUGGACACCUGGACACUGCAGGAGGGCUUCCCACUGGUCACUGUGGAAGUCAGAGGUCGUGAGGUCAGGCUCAGUCAGGAGCGUUACUUGAAGACAGACGACCCCUCCCUCACUGAAGGAUUCCUGUGGCAGAUCCCACUGACCUACAUGACCAGUGUCUCAAACACCAUCCACCGCUUCCUGCUGAAGACAAAGACUGGUGAGUGUGUUGGUCAGUGUGAUGAGGGCUACAUUGUGGAUCUGUUCCGGGGGCUGAUUGAUCGACAGGAGUGGACUGACUCUGGAUCAGUGUCUGAGCGAGUGCUGAGGAGCUACCUGUUGCUGUUCGGCUGUGUCAGGAACUACCCUCCCUGUGUGACCAAAGCCACCCAGCUCUUUAACAAGUGGAGGGAAUCCGACGGAAACAUGAGCCUCCCUGUUGACAUCACCAUGGCUGUGUUUGUGAUCGGAGCUCGAACUCCAGAGGGGUGGGACUUCCUGUUUGAGAAGUACCGCAGCUCUCUGCAAAUGUCUGUGAAGAGCCGCCUGAAGAGUGCAAUGGGGGUCACCCCACUGCAGGACAAGCUGAAGUGGAUGAUGGAGCAGAGCCUCCACGGUGAGGUGAUGAAGACUCAGGACCUCCCGGAUGUGAUUGUCUCUGUCAGCAGGAACCCCCGUGGCUACAAACUGGCCUGGGACUUCUUCCGAGCAAACUGGCACACCCUGAUCAAGAAAUUUGACUUGGGCUCUCACACCAUAUCAUACAUGGUGACCGGGGUAACCAGUCAGUAUUCUACCAGGGAGAUGUUGAAUGAGGUGAGAAGCUUCUUUGGCUCCCUGACCGAGGAGACGGGCUCAGAGAUGAGGUGUAUCAGGCAGGCCUACGAGACCAUCGAGGAUAACAUCCGCUGGAUGGACACCAACCUUCCUUUGCUGCAGGCCUGGCUGGACAAACGCAGCCGCAGAGACGUGCAUGAAGACUUAUAGCUCCAGGGUAAAUAAAUAAAUAAAUAAAAAAGUCUAGAUUGGACAGUCAUGUCGGUAAAGGAGUAAACUUCAAGGUGUGGAUGCAAGUCACAAAACUUGGAGUCAGAUUAUGAAUCCAAAUUUUAAUGAGUUUACAGCCUUGCAAUUCAACUUUGAUUUUUAACACCAAUGACUCCUGAUCUAGCUUCCCAAAAUGUAGAUUGGAAAAACAAAACAAACAAAAACCUUUGGAUCUUGUGUCAUCGUCCUCAUAUUUUUAAUCACCCCAGACUUGACUGAGCUGACUUGAGACUUAUGUGUCAACUAACGUGCUACUUAUGACAAAACAAUGACUUUGUGCCCCCUCUGUAAACCACAGCCUGAAGACUGUCCACUGGGGGUGUUUCUCAGGUUCAAAGAGAUCUAAGUAAUUAUAGAUUUCCUUAAAGAACCUCCAUAGGGUCGAGGUUUAAGGAGGUAACAUCCCUAUGAAAAAAGGGUUCUUCCUCACCCGAACAUUUGUGCUCAGAGCUGUCAGUGUGUGUUUGUAUGUUUGUUGGGGUGUGUGUUUGUCUUGGGUGAAGUGGAGUGGGGGUGUGUGAGUUUUUACCUGAAAGUUUUAGAUGUUCAAAGAUGAGUGUAGUGUUUCCUGUGUGAUUUUUAUGAAGUCAAUUUUCAUUCUUUCUGCAUUAUCACUGCAGCAAGCAACAGCAUAAAUAUUGUAUGAAUAUGAAUUAUUUCUAAAAUAUUUAAGUACCAGACCACUCCUUCAUGAAAACAAAAAUAAUGCACCUAAUGGACUUGAUUUUUGGAUUGUUAAACCAUAAUUGAUCUAAAUAUGUUUAAUUUAAAGAUCACACUGCUGUAAGUUUAGAUGGGACACCAUUUUUACAGCUUUUGUUAGCUUGCAUUUCCAAUAUUGGGAACAUUAAUAUCAAUUCUGACACCACUGGUCCUUCUAGGUAGCAUUUUUAACUUUACUGAAAUUCUCAUACAGAAGAAUGUGAAAGAACUUAGAAAGUGCACUAUUAGGAGUGUGUUGUUACAAAAACAUGUUCAUCUUAUUAAACACAGCAGUGUUUUAUGCUACUGUAAAAUCCCUCUUCUGUAGGACAGGAUUCAUAGAAAUUCUGUAAUUUUCUACGGAGAAUAUUGUGUUGAAUUAAAUACUGGACCAUUAAAGUUAAUUUGACGUGA